AUGGCUUUGCUAAUCACAAAAUUUUUAGCCUUGAUUGUUUUAGUAAACAGCGUCACAUUUUUUCUAUGCUUUAGUUCACAAACUCCUCAAAAAAUCAAGUCCUGAUCUGAAUCAUUUCUCGCAUUAAAUACAAAUAAUCUUCUGCUAGAAUGAAAGAUCAUACAAAAUGAAGCUGAAUUUAAUUUAUUAAAAAAAGAAAAUCCAUCAAUUAUAAUUAUCGAUGAGACUUACAAUCUCCAGUUUAGCCAUGAGCUUCAAAAAUAUGCUUUAAGCACAAGAUCUUAUGUUAUUUAUACAGAAAUCAGCCCUUUUGCAUAUACAGAAACUCCUUUUCUUAUAAAUCUCAAGCCAUCAUUAUCAUGCUUAAAAAGUGCCUAUGACGGAUUUUUAUCAUAUUUGGAAAUUCAAAAAGGAAUAAUUAUUUGGGAGUUUAAUGAAAAAAAUAGUCUUUUGAUCAAUGAUAUUAUGAGAAAUAAUGGAUACCAAAUAACUGAUGUAUCAGUUCUUGAGAAUUCGAGCCAAAAUUCCAUUAAUGGGAUAAUUUCAAGAGUGGUAAAACCAUUCGGGAUUCCUACUAUAAUUAUAAUAGGAAGCCCAGAAAAUUGUAUAAAAAUACAAAAUAGCUUGUUAAAGUUUAAUAUGGACAGAGCUGGAUACUCAAUAGUUCUGGGCCAUACAUGUUUGAAUAAUGGAAUUAUUGAUGGGUCUUUAAGUAUUGUUAAAAGUAUUGAUAUUGACUUAAAGACUGAAAAAGAAAGCGCAGGCUCAAUGAUAGUGCCUUUUUGAUAGUGCGCAUUUCAUAAAUAAUAAAAUGGCGACGUCAUGAUAAUUCCUCUUCGAGGAAUUUCUCUCCUUGCUCAUUUUAUUAUUAUAGGGUUCAGUUUUCCCGGUGAGACCUUAUCCAGCAAUAUCAGGUAAGCAACGGGGAGGGGUGCACAACCUCCUGGCCUGAUCCGUGGAUGUUUGGUGGGCAUAGGGUUUUCUGCUUGACACUUCCGAGGAGGAAGACCCAUAGGCGGCACAACGCGCAGGAAUCAAGUUUUAAGCAAGGCAACACAGUUCAUGAGGUCUGGCCUUCGACUGGCCGUCAUUUACUUUGGAUGGUCUGACCACCCGAUAAAAAGAGUGACGUCGGAAAUGCCCGAUGACGUCACUAGUUGGAGUCUACUGGGGUGAGCCCUUGUGGCUUUGUUAAAUCAUCCUGCGGAACCAGAGAAGCACGUUAAACUCUCUAAGUAAUUUAAGUUCUAAGUUUUAAGAUAGUGCGCAUUUCACCGAAGUACUUUUAUCGAAAAUUGUUAAAUAGUGUGCCUAUUUUGCCAAAAUUUAACGGUUUUUCGGUCAAAUGUCUCAUUAUCAAAAAUGAUUCGAACAAAUUUUUCCCCUAGGAGAUGUCGCACUAUCAAAUUUCCACAGUCAUUUGAUAUGGAGCCGAAAAAGAAUCAUAUAUCAACAGUCUAAACUUUUUUGUAGACAAAGUAAAUUUCAUGCUAAAUAUUGAUGUAAAAGGGGCAAAAUUGAAAUUAUUUGACACUAUUUAUCAGUUGAAGUCAUGCAAUUUUACAGUUUUGAAUAAAAAUGCUAGAAAUGUGUCAAAGGUAGGAGAAUUUUCUAAUGGAAAAUUGAAUAUUUCUGGAGAAAUUCAAUAUCCAGGGAAUUCAGCAAUCAAGCCGACUUCAAACUCAGUAGUUAUCUCUAUAUCAGCUAAUGCAGGAGAUGUUAAUCCUCCAGGCUACCCUAAAAAUUUUGUUAACACACUAUUCCAUCAAGGCACCUAUUUUGCAGUUUCCAAAAUUAACCAAUCAAAGCAAAUUCUUCCAAAUUUUAUUUUAAAUUUAUAUGGACAAAUAAAUUGUGGAUCAAGUUCAUGAAAUUACGAAUUUGCAAAAAAAUGCUUUUUAGACAAUAAAAAUAAUAUGGGAAUUGCAUUUAUUGGGCCAGUACUGUCAUCAAUAACUAUAGCUACAUUAAAACUUUUUAAAGAGCUCAAUAUAACGAUCCCUGUCAUACAAGGAGGUAAUUCAGCUAAGUCCCCCCUCCGUGAGUGAACAAAAAAAUUUGCUCACUCACGUAGGGGUUAAUUUUUUUUUAAAAAAAAUUAUAUAUAAAUUUUAUAAAAAAAAUUUUUUUUUCGAAAUUUUUAAAAAAAUCCUAAUUUGCAAAAAUUGGGAAGCAAAUAUUAAUUUAAUUUAUAAAAUUUAUUUUUAAAACGCAAUUUGUUUAAAAAAUUACGCAGAAUUAGCUCGAGAUUUCAUUAUAUUAAUUAAUACUUAUAUAUCAAUUUUUUUUCAUAAACAAUUUUUUCUAUUAAAAAAAUUUUUGUUCACUCACAGAGGGUGGGUUUUUGGGCAAAAAUAGCGAUUUUUUCAAUGGUUUUGUUCACUCACGGAGGGGGGAGUAAGCAAUUGUCUGAUAUCGCAGAAUUUCCAAGUUUCACUAGAAUGGUAGCAGGCACUGACUAUAUCAGCAAAACAUGAAUUAUGUAUAUGAAUAUAAUGGGCUGAAAAAGUUGUGUAGUCCUUUACGCUGACGAUGCCUAUGAUACAGGAAUUUACAAUACUUUUGUUGAGCAGUCAGAAUCCAAAAAAAUCAAAAUUUUAAAUGAUGAAAAAUAUCGGAAAAUUCCUUUUUCUUAUAAUUCUACACAACUUGAAGAUUAUAGACUUAAUUUUCAAAACGCAAUUGAUCAAAACUGCAAUAUAUUUUUUAUAUUUGUAGCUGAGCCAAUAUAUUUUUUUGUAUUAGAAAGUAUGUAUGAUCUAGGGGUUAGAAGAGGAGAUGCCAUUUUUUUAAUAAGCUGUCUAAGUGGUAGUGAUUUUUUAUAUAUCACUCCUAUAUUAAAUAUGCUUUAUAAGACUAUAUUUGGAUUUUUGUAAACAAAAACUAAAUAUUUAAUGCUAUACAUCAUGUCCAAAAAACCUCAGAACUUUUGAAUGGAAUUUUAUUUUUAUUUUUUUCUGAAUGAGUAGGAGAUUUUGGGCAAAAUCUUCAAAAGGAGUUUAAUCUGGCUUAUCCAGGUUAUGGGGAUAGAGUCAGAUGUCUUCAUUAUGACGCUGUGUGGGCUAUUUGAGAUGCAGUAAACAUGCUAAUUAAUAAUGGAGCAAAUUAUGAAGAUAAUACAGCACUUAAUUGAGCUUUGAGAAAUGUAAAAUUUAAAGGCUGCUCUGGGACUGUAAAAAUUGAAGCUGGAUCUAAUGAUCGAAUUUUGAAUUAAGAUUAAGAUCAAUUUUAAGAUUAAUUAAAGCUUUGUUUAAAGACGGCCGGGGAUUUCCUUCUUAUUAGUUAAUCCGCCUCGUCAGGCGCUCACCUCCGCCAUAUUAAUUUAUUCAUGAAUUUUGAACACUUAUAGCCUAUAUAAUGUUUACUAUGAUAAUUCUACAAAUAAAUGAAAAACAGUUGACAUUGGAUCUUUUGCACCUUUUACAGAAACUUAUUUUAAGUUAUAUCGAAAAAUUGUAUGGCCAAAAGGAAAUGUAGCCCCAAAAGAUAUGAAAAGCAGCCUUGACUGCCCAUUUAGAAAAAUUAAUAUUCAGGUGUCAACAGGGAGUAGACUGAUUACUAUGGGUAUUUGUAUAUUUAUAUCUGUGGUUUCUAUUUCUUUUGCGGUUUUAAUGUGAAGAAAAUUUUUUUCUUAUGAUAUUGAGAUGAUUCAAACAAAAAAAUUUCUUACAGGUCUUGAUUAUUUAAUGCUCUCUAUGAUUUUUAUUGAAAUGCUUCAAUACCAAGGAAUUGGCCCAUCAUUUAAAGCAUUUAAUUCUUUUCUUGAUCAAGUCUGUGGGGUUGGCUCAUUAAGUAUACAGAAUUUCAUAAUUUUUGAAGGGUUCAUAUUUUGAUUGUGUUUUUAUGCAGCAGUUGGGGUUUCUGGGGUUUGAAUUUUAAUGAAUAUUAUUGUAUAUUUAAGAGUUGAUAAAAAAUGCGAAAACACUAAAGUCUAUUGAAUUUGUGGAUAUUUUUUAGGAUUUGAUGGAACUUUGACGCUAGUAAGCAACGUUCUUUUUCAGCCGAUAGCUUCAAUAUUAUUAAGUAUAACGGAGUGCGAUUUUUCGAUAGACUCUGAUUUAACUUGCGCUUAUUUAAAUUAUGAUUGCUAUUUAUCAUGCUGAAAUCCUGAGCAUUUAGGAAUAAUGAUUCCUACGAUUCUCUUAUUGUGUGGGUUUUUAUGCUUACUCCCCCCCCCCUCCGUGAGUGAACAAAAAAAUUUUGUUCACUCACGGAGGGGGGUUAAUUUUUUUUUUUUAAGAAAAUUUAUAUAUAAAUUUUUAUAAAAAUAUUUUUUUUUCGAAAUUUAAAAAAAUCCUAAUUCGUAAAAAUUGGAAAGCAAAUAUUAAUUCAAUUUGCAAAAUUUAUGUUUUAAAAAGCAAUUCGUUUAAAAAUAAACAGAAUUAGCUCUAGAUUUCAUUAUAAUAAUUAUCAUUUAUAUAUCAAAUUUUUUUUUUCCAUAAAAAAUUUUUUGUUCACUCACGGAGGGUGGGUUUUUGGGCAAAAAAUAGGGAUUUUUGGGCAAAAAAUAGGGAUUUUUCUAAUGGUUUUGUUCACUCACGGAGGGGGGGGAGUUAGCAAUACUUAUGAGGCCUCUCUGGCAAGAAUGCCAAGAAAAUUUAAACAUCAAAGCUGAUCCUGCUAACUUAAUGAUUAAAAGUGGGCUACAAAUCGCACUUAUUUCGAUUGAUAAAACUCUUAGAAUUAUCAAUGAGAUUCUUCAUGGCUCUAUUUAUUUCGCAUUGAUGCUCUCCUAUCUUGGUUUUAUUUUAUAUAGAAAAAGUUUUAAUUUUGACAGAGCCAAUUUGCUUUACAAUUGCUUAAUUUUUUGUGUAAUCUGAAACAGUGGGCUAAGUUUAUUAUAUAUGAUAUCAAAUGAUGCUGAUUUUUCUAUAUGAGUAGGGAUUCAGAUGGGAGGACUCGCUUUUAUAAUGAUUUGUGGGCUGAUUGUUAAGCAUAAGCUCCCGCCUUCAUUUUUAGUCAGAAAGCCUGGCAAAAAAAUUAAAGACCUAUUUAGGUUUGCUUUAGCAGAUAGCAGCUUUAUUAAUAUGACAAUGCGGAUGAGAAGCUCAGCACAAUUAUCAUAUAUGGUAAGUUCUCCGCGCUCAAAAGAACAUUUUGAGACUAUAUCACGAAGGAUGGAAAUGCCAAUUGAAUCAUAA